GCUUCCUCGCGCAAAUUCCUCUCGUUCACCGAUAUAGGCGACAUACCGCAAGUAGCGUUAGCCGUCAACAUCGUCGUCAACGUCUUUACCACGAGGGUCCACAUCGACUAGUUUUACUCUCGUCACAAAUCGCCAAAGUGUCUCGACUCAUCGAAUCCUCUGUCAGCAUCCCCGUCGAUCGACAAUAACAUCAAGCUUGGCUGUAUCCCGUGCAGCCCAACCAUCAUCACCACCACCCCAUCCUCGAAACCUCGGGGUCAUAACCGUGGAGCCAAUGACUUCCCUCUACACCUACACUCGCAUGCCACCUACCUUAACAGACCUCUCGGCCGAUGUCAUCCAUCUCAUCGCUCAUCAUGUCAUGUUCAGUGGAGCGACCCCACCGUCCACCGACUCGAUGUCGCGGGAAUGUGACGACAGGUCCACGGCGGAAUACGACGUGGAUGGACCGUUCGUCAGGCGAUUAGAUACGGGAAGCGACAAGUCCAGGAGGUCAUUGAGAUGGAGAGACGAACCGGCCUCGUCGUCGUCGUCCAUCUUUUCAUCGUCCUAUCGCCCCGUCGUACCGCAACCACAACAACCCUACCGGUCAGGUCUGGACGUCUUGAUGAGCGCCGCGUCGGAAGUCAGCGCAAGUUCGUCCUCGUCGACAGGAUCGCGAUCGCAUGGUCGUCAUCAUGCUACGACGACAGAACGCAGUCAUGAACCGUAUGGAGCAGAGAGGAUCUCGUCCGCCUCGUACUCCCGUCGAGCAUCAUCCACCUCGACCCGAUCCAAGGGUGUCGAGUCGGACAGAUCGGAAUAUACUCCACUCAACCCGCCGACAACGUCCAAGAGCGAAGUCUACGUCACUCGAACCAUCCCGGACCCGCGAUCGCUCCUCCCUCUCAUGCUCACCUGCAAGCACCUAUACAAGGCUUUGCGAUUCGACGGGAAUCCCAAGCUGUAUCACUGGAUGUACCUAAACACGUUCGACAGCGAGGCCUUGACGAGACGCUGGAAGGAUUAUCAAAUGGGAGGACCCAACCACGAGUACGCCGCCGUCCCGCCUUCCAAGUCGGCAGGCGGGGAUUCGUUUUUCGAUCAGAUCGAGGUCAAACGGGAGCCUGGCCUGGAGCAUGAGCAGACCAUCUCGGGCUCGUCGGGCCAUCGGUCUUGUACCCACGGCGUACGGGAGAACGGGACCAAGUGCGCCUGUAGGGAAGGCGUACACUUGUUGAGUGACCCCGCCAUCCUCGCCAACGAGUACAAAGACAGGUUUGAGACUUUCAAGAGGUACCGAGAGAUCGCGGCGGGAGGUAGUUGGAAAGCACUGAUGAAGACGGAAGAGGAUAGGGAGACGUGGUCGGCCGACAUUUGGGUCAUCUGGUGGAUGUAUAUGGAAAACGACCACAAAAACUUUGUCGUCCUCGAAUCGUUGGCGAAGUUCAAGGAGGUCGUUAAGAUCUUUUACCGGGAACACAUGCUUGAAGCGGCGCUGCAACCGGGUUAUCCGACUGACUCUUGCGAAGGCGCCAUUCUGACGAUCAUCUCGAACAGGCUCGGGAUAGAUACCGAGCUGGAGGAAACGAGGGAACAGAUCGAUACCAAGGUGUUCAUCCUACUGCCCUAUGUCUUUGCUUGUCACAAGUACCCUUUUCUAUACGGUCCGUGGGUCCAUCGAGACUUGCCACUCAGCCGAGUCGCGCGGGAUGAAGAGGAACUCCGCAUGCUCAGCCGGCCCAACGCUUUCAUGGUCGAACUCUCACCUAACCCCCGUUCUACAAACGUGAAGCGGUUGGGUAAAUGGUGGCGAGUUUCGUCGCCUUACCAGACGACCUGCGCCAGCUUGUCGUUCAUGAAACUACUCGAACGUCAUCCCGAGCUCAUCACGCUUGGCAAGAACCCGCAUGUCCAAUUACCUCGCCCUGGCGUAGCUUCUUCGAGUGAUCAAAAGUUGAUUGCGGCCAAGCCGUUCUCAUCUGCAACCGAAAACCUCGAUUCGUCAAAUUGGGACAACGAUCUCUACCGAGCCAUGAACUGCCACGACCCGAUCACCUCGUCCGGGAUGCACCCUUUGGCGUUCCGCCAUAAAAUCGAAGGUCUCUGGAAAGGCAAAUACCUCUACUUUGAUUACAACGCUUAUCAACACGUUGUCAAGGGCGACGUACGCAGCCUGUACGAAGGCACAUACGGCGAAGAGAUGCAGGAGUGGCGACUCGAAGAACGGGUCAUCAACGUCAAGAUCGACAAGGUCGGUGGGGACGGGCCCAUGCUCAAUGCCGGUUACAGGCUGGGCCUCACCGCCGAGGACGAAGAGUACGAGGCGAGUCUGUCAGCCGAGGAGAGGGGCUGGGAGCCCUGUCUGGACGAGGACGCUCCCGAUCGUCCUGGUUGGACAAAGGAGAUCCUCAUCUCGGGUACCGGACUUAGUGCCUGGGGGGAAGUCAAGAUUCAAGGCCGCGUCAGGGCAUGGGACGGGCUCGUCACGAUCCACACCGACUUUGGUAUCCCCGAAUCGACGGGCAAGUGGCUGUUCAGGUGCUACAUCAUGUCGGGCAACAAACUCGUGGGACGAUACAGGGACACGUUCACCAUGGAAAACAUGAGGGGCUACGAAGGACCCGUCUUUUUGCAGAAACAGUCGGAGUCAAUACCUCCCGUUUCUGAGAGGGUGCCAAGUUCGCCGAUCGUGGAAAAGUCGCCGCCCGGCUCGGCAUCAAAUUCGGGAAACUUCCGAUCGGAAUUCGCGCCAACCUAUCGACCUAUCGUCCCUUCGCCUUCUACAAUCGUCGCAGUCAAUAGACCGCGUGAGCUUCAACUGCCUCACAUCCAGGAGCUCGGCUACAGGCCCGAUCCUCUGCACAUUGCGAGGCCAGCUGAGAAUGCCGCUGCGUCUCCCGCCGAUGUCUGCCCUCCCACCGUAUCGACGUCCGAGCUGGACGGAAGCCGAUCGUGCGCAGAUGCUGUGGUCGCGAAGCCUGGCCAGCGAUGUCGGUUCGAACCUUUCUCCGACAGAUGAACGACCUGCGUCCAAGCGGCCACGACAUUAUUAAAAACGAUCAGGAAUACGUUGCUUUCUCGCUUAGCAUAUCAUAAUUCGAUUGUAUUGAUUCUACGACAUUGUAUCAAAUAUAACGAGCUUCAUGCUCGCAGCUGUCCUGUCAAGUAUCAUCGCC